AUGAACAAAGGUCAAACGACAGCCUUUCUGAUGUUUGCAUCAAACGGGAAUGUUGAAGUUGCAAAACUCUUGCUCGAUAGAUCGCCAAAUGCCAUAUAUGCGAUCGAUAGCGAGGGCCGCGGGGCAUUUCACCAUGCGGCUUCUUGGGGGCACUCAAAUUUCAUAGAGUGGCUCCAUAAUAUCCGUGAAGCUCCUGAUGUUGACCUAAACCAAAGAAAAGCCCUGGAUCCAAACAGGACUGAUAUCUACGGAAUGACUUUCAUCCACUGGGCCAUCGAUUAUUACGAGCCAUUAAUAAUCGAAUGUUGCUUGAGGUUCUGCAAGUCAACCAUCGUUGAUGAAGUUGAUCACCUGGAAAACACGCCAUUGCAUAUUGCACUCGACAAAUUGAGUGACCAAGUUGAGAUUCAAUCGAUUCUAAUGAAAAACAUGUCUCUGAGAGCCAGGUGCAGAAGGAAUAACGAGAGCGAGUCUAUCUUGUCCCUUGCGGUUGAGAAUGUGAUUCGAGAACGUUCGAGCGAAAGUUCGAGUGAAGAUUCGAGUGAAGGUUCGACUGAGGAUCCUUGCAGUAAAUUCCUCUUAGAUCUCUUUAGGCGCCCUGUGGAUGUUGAGGAUAGUCAAUUGGAAUCCUGGCCAGAAAUUAUUCGCACUGACCCUGGUCAUGUCACGUAUAUUGCAAAGAAGUUGGAGGUCCUAUUUCUAGAUUCAGGUCUACCCGAGACCAUCAUUUUCUGGGCUGCCAGGAAUGGCGCAGAAGACCUAGUGAAUAAUGGCCUUACUAAAUUGACCGAUUCGGAUUAA